AUGAAUUUGUUCACGCCUGCGGCCGGGUUAUUUGGCACACAUGUUACUUGGAAGGAUAUUGAAGAAGAUAUGCAAAGAGAACUAAGAACAACCGCCUCCUUUGGACUCAAUAAGUCAGCAAAGAACAUCGGAGACAACAAGGGUUUCUUGUCAAGGAUUAUCCUCAUCGACCCCGACUGGCAGCAAAUAGACAAGAAUUUGCCCGAAAAAUUUGUUGUGAAAGUACGUCAUUUUCUCCCACUUGAAUAUAGGCCUAAGAUGCGUUUCUUAGAUUGUCACUCAAUUGGCUAUGCAGCAGUUCACGUCUGA